AUGACUCGAGAUUCGGCUGCUGUUCGUCCCCCAUUUUCUCGCAAAGGUCGUCCUCGCACUGCUACAUUGUCGACAGCACAUCCCUUCACUUUGGAACAUGAGGUUUGGAAUAAACCCUCCUGCACCGAUGCGGACCAGAACGGCGAUGGACAAGUCGUGGAGGAGAUAAGUCAUUUUCCAGAACCUACCCCCAGACGCCGGGCUGCGAAGAGUUUCUCCAAUCUGCGUCAUCCUAUGGAGGGCCUGCGUGCUCUGGGUCGUCGUCUGUCGGUGACCAUACGUCACAAGCCGUCCAGACACCCCCCAAGCCCAGUCACUCCAGAGGGCGAACUGCAGCUGGCCGAUGAUUCCCAACUUGCAGGCGGUAUUGGGGAGGCUCGAUCAAGACAUGCCUGGAGCAAGGGUCACAAUCGCCGCCCUUCGCUGCCCUGUGUACCUGCAUCCCGGGCCUUCCAAACACCCACCGCACCCGUUCCACCCAUCCCCAGUCGCGCCUUAGGGCCUCCAGCUCUUCCGAACAAUAUCUACGCAGGAGCAGCCGCUCGGGCCGCGGCCGCGGCGCAGAAUGAGCUAGCGAAGGCGGAACGAGACUUCAUGAUGUCGUUCAAUACCAAACUCACCCGUGACUCGGAGAGCGGCAUUGAAAUCGACUUGCGUGAUCGCUCGGAGCUUUCCGAGAUAGAUCUAGCCUUCGUUCGCAUCGAUCCUGUGACCCACCUGCCACCUGAGAUCAUGUCACAGGUUCUCGCGUAUCUUGAUCCCGAGUCUCUGAUGCAGGCUGAAUUGGUUUCUCGUGCCUGGAGUGAGCAGGCAUCCUCCCGGCACAUUUGGAGGCAGGUGUUCCGCCAUGCGCUUGGCCAUCGCCGCCCUAAUGGAGUUCCAUCGAGGAAGAGCCAGUCGGCUGGAUUAGGAAAAUCGACUCCGGAUCAAGAUUGGAAGAGGAUGUACCUUGUCCGUCGUGCCCUUGAUCAUCGAUGGAAGCAGGGGAAAGCCGCUGCAAUUUACUUGCACGGACACACCGACAGCGUCUACUGUGUCCAGUUUGAUGAGGAAAAAAUCAUUACCGGCUCCCGCGAUCGAACAAUUCGAGUCUGGGAUGCUCAUUAUCCCUGGCCGUGCCGCAAGAUCAUCGGCCCUCCUCCCGGCGACGUCUCGAGUAUCGGGCAAGUCAACAAUCCAGCUCAGCAGUCUUCUGGCAAACCGCCUUUUCUCACCAUCUGCCCGCCCCCUACUCUUUCCGCGGGUAUCGUUGCCCCCAUCGACCAGAGCGCCGACUACCAUAGUGCCUCCAUUCUUUGUCUUCAGUUCGACGAGGAAAUCAUGGUUACUGGGUCCUCUGAUUUCACCUGCAUCGUGUGGGACAUCAAGAACGAUUACAAGCCGAUUCGCCGUCUGCAAGGCCACAGAGCAGGAGUCCUGGACGUCUGCUUCGACGAUCGAUACAUUGUGUCCUGUUCCAAGGAUACUACAAUUUGUGUCUGGGACCGGCACACCGGAGCCUUGGUGAGGGAGCUCCUCGGCCACCGAGGACCUGUGAAUGCAGUUCAGCUCCGCGGCGAUCUGGUUGUUUCCGCUAGCGGAGAUGGGGUUGCUAAACUCUGGAACAUCACAUCAGGUCUCUGUGUGAAGGAAUUCCCCAGUAAGGAUCGUGGCUUGGCGUGCGUUGAGUUCAGUGAUGAUGCGCGGACUAUUCUCACCGGUGGUAACGAUCAAGCCAUCUACCAGUUUGAUGCCAACACCGCCGAAAUGGUUCGCGAGCUCAAGGGCCAUGCGGGGCUUGUCCGCUCUCUUCAUCUGGACAGCACCAACCAACGAAUUGUCAGCGGCAGCUAUGACAUGAGUGUCAAGGUGUUCGACGCUGAAACCGGAGAGCUGUCAAUUGACCUGCCUGGCUGGACUACCAGCUGGAUGUUGAGCGUCAAAUCGGACUAUCGCCGCAUCGUCGCCACUAGUCAGGAUUCUCGCGCUGUCAUCAUGGACUUUGGCUAUGGAUUGGACGGUAUCGAGCUGUUGGAGGAAUGA